AUGCUGUCCAACGUCGUCACUGCCCUAAAAGCCCCCCACAUCGACAUAGUCCAAGCGACGCUACCAGCUAAGCAAGCGUCGUCACGGGUAGCAUUUGUGUCCCACGUCGAGAAACGCACAAGUGGCAGAACUCAAGAAGCUCUCGUGGGUCGCAUUGCAGAGAUCAUCGCAUCAUAUCGCAUCUGCGGGCCUGACGAUCGCUACGAGGAUGUAUUCAAGCCACACCUCCUCGAUUCCUUGCGGUAUUUUGUGUCCAACAAUUAUGAGAUCAAUUUCGUGGUCCCUGCAUAUCCGUUCAAAAGCCCAAACCGCAAAGAGAAAGUUAUGGGACCAGACCCAGACGUUGGCGAGCGCCUUUCCCUCGAGCACCUAAACUCGCUUGGUGCCCGGAUCCAGCAGAUCUACCCAGGAGGAACUUAUAUCACUAUAGUUAGUGAUGGCUGCUGUUACAACGAUCUGCUUGGUGUGUCUGACGAGGAGACAUAUCAAUAUGCAGAAGGUUUGCACCAAAUUGUGGACAGACUGGGUCUGCGCCAUAUCCGGUUUGCCGGCCCAUUUGAUCUUCUUGAAGGUUCAUCCAACGUACCCAUCAGCGAAGAAGAGUAUGUGUCACGCGUUCAAGACCUCAAGCAACGACUGUUCAGUGGCUGCUCGGGAGAAAAACCGCAAGAACUUGACCACAAUUCUACUCUCACCUAUCGCGGAUACAUCAGAUUUUUGAUGUCGGAUUUGGCAACUUUUUACGAGGAGAAGAAGAUGUCGAAGAGUGCCAUUAAGAAGCACUCCGCAGUUGUUGCGCGCGCCAUGAUCGAGCGCGGUCAAGUCUUCUCGGCUCUUGUUGCAGCAGCCUCUCCACCACACAUCCGGCUCUCCAUCCACGCGGGUGACAACACAAACAAGCUGUCUGUAGCGCUGCUGCCACAAAAGAGGUAUAGCAAUUUUCCUGUUACUCCUUGGCACAACACUCCAUACCUGGAGGCGGAUCAGGCUGCCGUAAGUCUUGGGCGCAAGCCCACGCUUGCCGCCGAUGGCACCUCGUAUCGGCUCUGUCACGACAACCUGGGGCUACAAUUCCUCUGCGUGGAUGCCCCUAUGUACAGCGUGAUUGAAACAGAGCUUCAGGCCGAGUUCCAUCCGCUAUAUCCAUUUGGACUGCAGGUUCGGGUUCCGCGGGGAUUGUCCAUGACACUAAUGCGGUUAGACCGGGUUGCGGAACUAGCCCAGGUGCAUUCCCCGCUUCUGUUCGAAGGCCUGGACCCCACACAGUUUGACACCGAGACCGCUGAUGAAUUCCAACGGGUUGCUGGUCGGGGGCUGUCGCUGAGCCUCCUUCAUGAAGGUGUGGCUGCUAGUUCGGCGGCCACGUCGUAUUUCGUGCAUAUUCCUGCUGCGCAGGAUGACAAAGAAGCUACUCCAUUCCUUAGCGCAGCUGUGGCGCUGGAUGAUGUCCGUCAGCGCGUUUUACACCGGUGGCAAGCGGGUGACGCUGUGGUUUCUGAUCACCGUAUUGCCUUUCCCGUACAUCUCAGUCCAUCUUUCUUGACGGUCAUUCGGGGAAACUGA